GGGCUGGGGCCGGGCCGGCGGGCGGCGGUGCCGCACUCUGCGCUGCUCCCGAUCGCUUUUGUUGUAAAGGGGAGGGCGCCGCGGCGGGGACGGGCGGCACUUGCUGCAGCCGCUCUGACAGGACACAGCGCGGCCGCUUCCCCCUCGCCCGCUGCAUGUAGCGCUGCGGCGGGGGACGGGCGCUGGAGAGACUGAGACCGAGCGGAGCUGAGCCCAGCGCGGCGCCGCCCCUGCCCCUGCGGGAGGAGGCCGCCAUGGAAGUCAGCGCGGGGGGUGUGAUAGCUUACAUCAGCUCUUCAAGCUCGGCAUCGAGCCCAGCCUCAUGUCACAGCGAGAGCUCAGACAGCGGUUUCCAGUCGUCCUCUUCGCCUGUACCAUCUUCUCCAAACAGCUCCUCCUCGGAAAGCGGCUGCAGCAGCCGGGGCAGCGAGGGCUCUGAUGGGGCACCAAAGAGCGAUCGGCUGGAGGAGGCUAUUAAAACAAACCAGUCGAGUGUUGCUGGCUUGACAAAAGGCCAUAAUGGAGUCACAAAAUUUAAUGGCAUGGUUCUUCUUUGCAAAGUCUGUGGAGAUGUCGCUUCAGGAUUUCAUUAUGGUGUUCAUGCCUGUGAGGGCUGCAAGGGUUUUUUCAGAAGAAGCAUUCAACAAAACAUCCAGUAUAAGAAGUGCUUGAAGAAUAACAAUUGCUCUAUAAUGAGAAUGAAUAGGAACAGAUGCCAGCAGUGUCGUUUCAAAAAAUGCCUGUCUGUUGGGAUGUCGAGAGAUGCUGUUCGAUUUGGUCGUAUUCCCAAACGUGAAAAACAGAGGAUGCUGAUUGAAAUGCAGAGUGCCAUGAAAACCAUGAUGAACAGCCAGUUCAGUGGUCACUUACCCAGUGAAGCAUUAACAGAACAUCAAGAUCAAGCACCUCAAGAAGACCUUGCCUCCAAGCCCAAGCAAGAGCGGGAAGCCAUCAAAAGCCCUUCUUCCCCUCCUGGCGCUGACAUGGCAAAGGAAGAAGUGAUUGGUAUGGUCACUAGGGCCCAUAAAGACACUUUCAUGUACAACCAAGAACAGUCCCAAAACCCAGCAGAGAUGAUGCAGCCCCAGAGUGGGGAGAGAGUGUCAAAGAACACUGAGCAGUACAUCUUGAGCAACAAGCACUGUGUUAGUGGGCUCGGCGGCCCUCAGUACCCUGAAAGUGAGCAGCACCUUGGUGGACAGUACAAAGGGAGAAGUGCAAUGCAUUAUCCAAGUGGGCACCCCGUGUGUUUCCCAAAUGGCCACUGUAUGAGCUUCACCAGUGGUUAUACUCAGCGACUGUGUGAUAGGAUCCCGGAAGAUGGCUAUUCUCCAAACAAGAAUACCACUUACUCUUGCAGCACUGGAGGACGAAUGCAUCUGGUCUGCCCAAUGAGUAAGACUCCCCAUGUGGACCCAAACAAGUCUGGCCAUGAAGUCUGGGAAGAGUUUUCCCUGAGUUUUACCCCUGCAGUGAAGGAAGUGGUGGAGUUUGCCAAGCGCAUCCCAGGUUUCCGAGAUCUCUCACAACAUGACCAGGUUAAUCUUCUGAAGGCUGGGACCUUUGAGGUUUUAAUGGUACGGUUUGCAUCUCUGUUUGAUGCAAAGGAACGUACCGUCACCUUCCUGAGUGGAAAGAAGUACAGUGUGGAUGACCUGCAUUCAAUGGGAGCCGGUGAUCUGCUCAACUCAAUGUUUGAAUUUAGCGAGAAACUAAAUGCCCUGCAACUUAGUGAUGAGGAAAUGAGUUUGUUUACAGCGGUUGUCCUGGUAUCUGCUGAUCGUUCCGGAAUAGAAAACGUCAAUUCUGUGGAGGCGCUUCAGGAAACACUAAUCCGUGCAUUAAGGACCUUAAUAAUGAAAAAUCACCCCAACGAAGCCUCUAUUUUCACAAAACUUCUUUUGAAAUUACCCGACUUGCGUUCCUUAAACAACAUGCACUCUGAAGAACUCUUGGCCUUUAAAGUUCACCCAUAGGCCUUUAGGUCUCAUUUGUACUUGGACUUGCCUCAUGUUAAAAUGUUUUGUGCUAAAAUAUGUAUUUAUACAGUUGUACCACUUGUCAGAGAGAGAGAGUUCACAGACUGUGAACAAUUGAUAGCUGUCCCUUAACCAUGCAAUAACCAUGCUUCAGCAGGUGCUUUCAGCUAGCGGCAGUGCAGCAUUCAGACUCCUCCAAGACAUCCAGACCCAGCUGUGCUGCACUUCUGCGGAGGAGGUUGUGAUAAGCCUCAGUAAAUAUGGACUGUUCUUUCCUUUAGAAAGAACCACCACUGCCCUCUCAUGUAAACUGAACGCAGAAGAGCUGUGUAUAUGCAUACAGAGCAUGGAAUGGGGUGGGAACGAUCCUGCGCUAGCAGGAACAUGGAAGAGCGGAUUUAAUUGGUCUUUCACUUACCUAAUAGAUAUAUGUCUGUGUCUUUUGAUAACUCACUCAUGGUUUCCACUGUUGUUAUUCCAUUAAACCUGAUGGAAUGAUUUCAGCCUGCACCAACUCUUCACUGAGCAUGUGUUCAUGCCAUGUGUAUAUAAUAUAAAUAGUUAAGUAAUGAGUGUUUAUGGCUAUAUAAAGUACAGAGUUGUGUGUAUAUAUGUGUAUGUAUAUAAAUAGUUCUAUACAUAAAGUAUACAUAUAAUUUCUUCACAAUAUUUUAAACUGUGAAGGAAUUUAAACUUACAACAGAAGGUGAUCUAUGGAAAGAACCAAAUAGAUGCACUUUGCAUAUUGCUGAACUAAUUAGCUGACCAUUUUUUAGAAAACAUCCAGUUUGCAUUAAUAUGCUGUGUUUGUUAAUUUGAGAAAACAAAACCAACAUCAAAACAAAAAGACCAAAACCAAACCCAGAAUGGCACCAAAGGGGCAGAGCAAGAUUCAGUUUAUAGAAGGCGUUUGUGUGGAAUCUCAAGUGGAGAGGGUUGAUUGUGUCGCAACUGAGAUUGUCUAUUGCCACUGAGGUUUUUACAUUCUGGUAAAGGUUAAAGAAGCACCAGAUGCUCUUCAGAAACUUCAGCACAGCCAGAAAGAAGCUAUCAAAUGAAUAACAGUAUCUAUCAGAGGAAAAAAAAAAAAAAAACCAAAAAAAAGUGGGAAAAUGUGUCCAUGGUUGCAUUUGGGUGUAUGUGUGUUCUGUGACUGUUUAUUUCUUGCAAUACAUCAUUUUGCUGCUUCAUUGCUAAAUGAGAAUUGAAAAUGGAAAUGUGAGAUUCCCCUUGUCUUUUCACAAUCUGGGCUUUGUGGUUCUCAUGCCUGUUCUUCUGGAGCUCUCCACCGGUGCGUGUGCAUGUGCGUAUGUGUGUGUGUAUGUGCAGAGAAGGUGUACUUGAUGGUCUGGAUUUUUUUUUCUUUAAAAAACCACCACAAAACCCAGCCAAAUAAAUGGGACUUCUUUUUUUGUUGUUUAUGCCAGUAGCAAAUUACAAAGCAGAUCCUCAAGGCUAAAGAUUCUGCUGGUUUUCCAUCUAGGAAAGUGGCGCUCUAUGGGGUUUUUUCCCCUCCAUUUGUAGCAGGACCUGGCACCAGAAAAGAGACUUUUAAAAGUCAAAGCAGUUGUGUUAAUUAGCUGUGUUUAUGUUUUGCUAAUGUGGGAAGAAGCAGCUCCGUUAUGCCUGUGUUUAGUUACCUUAGAGAGGUAGGGAGCCUUCUGGGACUGUAGUGCUUGGUAACACUACUCUGCAGAGGGAGAGACCUCUCCGGUUAUUGCUGUGUUCAGAUGUAUGCAGUAGUUGAGGCCAGGAGCCAGAAAGCCACCAGACUGCAGGGCUCUUGCUGUGCAGGAGCAGCUCUGGCACAUGAGUGAUUCAGUGGGAGCCCUUGUGCCUGCCAUGGAGCUGGAGCAGAGGAAGACCUCAGCCUGCCCCUGAUCAUCAGGAGCUGGGCAGGGGAUGGGAGGCUUGCACCCUGCCAUGGCUCUGGUCACCUUUGGGCUAGGGAUUUCCCCUUGCACAGUGGUAAGGAGUACUGGCCAGGGCCCUGAGAGCAGGAGAGGGCAUGUGCUUGAACACAUUUGACCUUAGCUUUGGCUAUGGAGCAAAAGAGCCCUUUUCCCUCCUCCACUGCUGCAGGGAGAGCUGCCCUCCUGCAUCAGUCUGCUUUAACCACUGGGCAAUGGCCCCUUCGUUCACACAGUUUUGCUAUCCAAAUGUGCUAUCCAUGGCAUACUGUCCUAAUUUCUGUUAACAGUCUGCAUCCUACCAGUAUUAUUUGAUUGAGAAGUUCAGUGAAUGGUGCAUUGAACCAUUCAGACUUCAGAAAGGACAGUCAAGUUUUGUAUUGUUUAGGAGCUGAAAUUACUUCUUUUUAGACCCCAUUUCAAAUGUGGAAAGUACAGUUAACCAUUGGUUGUUUUGAGACGGAAGGAGGCUGCUUACAGAGAUUGCCACCCUACAACUGUGUUUUGUUGUGUUUUGUUUUAUUUUCUUUAAACUGUAUUAUUAAGCCUUUAGGAAUGUAUAACCAGGACCGAGUAAUUACUGCUUAUUAAAUUUUUAGUUAGAUUGACCAUGUAUGUCUAUAGAUAGAUAUCUAACUUGUGCAGUUUCAUUUGAGAUAAUCUUCCUGUACAUAAUGGAAAAACUCAUAGAGGAGAAAAAAAAGCCCCAAACAGAUUGACUGAACAAAAAGGUGAUUAAAGUAUGGUUCCAAAGUGAUCCAUGUAUUACGAACCCUAGCUGGACUCUUGGAAGAAAAUCUAAACUCAUUGUGUUAGCUGUGUAUUGUGAGCUCUUCUUUUACUGUGUCACUGGUUAUACACUUGUUAAACGCUGAGAUAAUAGACUUCAUGCCAGGUAUUUGAGUACUGUAGAUUGGGUCAUUGCUGAAAGAUUAAUGUACUGUAUGACUUAAAUGAAAAUUUUUAUUCUUGAUUUUAUUCUUGAUUUUAUUCUUGUUUUGAAAGAUUAAAUAUGGGCAUUACAUCAGCAAGAGAAA